UUCGGGUCGCGUCGGACGUUUCCGAUUGAGCGUGAGACGUAUGCGAUUUCGAAUAGAAUGAGUACGUUAAAGUGUAAUAAUUGUCAUCUCGUUGUGGAUGAGCUUUUGGCUUACAUCCAAAAUAAAGUUUCAAUAGCCAAUGAAGUGAGUUUGGUGCAAAUAUGUGCGUCUGCUUUCUCACGUGAACAAAUUGAGAUAGCGAAUAGCUUACUUCUGGAAGCAUUACCAGCGGAUCUACGCACAAAAACUUUACGCAAAGGAAAAGGCAAGGAAAACCGCCUUUUGCACGACAUCAUAAGUGUAUUUAAGGUAACUGACCCUGAUGUACUACCUGUGUUUGUGGCCAGGGAUUUGGAAAAAUUACCACCUAUAACUUUCGACCAUCUGGACGUCUCCAAACUGCUCAAGGAUUUGAUGCUAGUACAGGCGGAGAUCAAAAGCAUUAAAUCCUCAUAUGCAACUGUUGAGCAGCUAGAAAAUUUCAAAAAGGAAUGCUUGAGCGGAAAAUUACCUUCGCCGCCACUUUCGAUUAUGAAAGUAAAUAUGAAAAGAGGAGGAUACUUUGAUAGCGGACCGAUAGGUUUGUCCCAAUUAGACGACACUAUCGUUACAACGCCGUUGGAACAAUCUAACUAUGAGACAUCUCCGAGGGAAUAUAAUUCAAAUUAUAGAAGUAUUGAUUUGAGUAAAGCGGAGGGUAGUAACUCAGUGCAGUUUCAAAGCACUGUAUCUAAACAUUCGACCGACGAUUGCGUCACACGCGCCGAACGCGGCAUUAUGCGAGUUGGCACUGAGUCAUCAGGCACGUCGAGCGAAUCGAAUGGUCAGCUCGGUGCGACAGCGCAAAUUCGAUCAUAUGCAGGGGUCGCUAAGGUACAUAAUCCAAAUGAAGGCUGGACAGUGGUGCAAAAGAAGUCACAAAAAUCCAAAAACCGCCUUAUUGGCAAAAUGGGAAAUUUUGUGGUAGAAUCAGACGAAAAAUUCAGGGCGGCCGAUAGAAAGAUACCCUUAUUUAUAACAAACGUACAUAAAGACACAGUAGAAUCGGAUAUAAUUAAAUAUAUUGAGAAUAAAACUCAGGAAAGUAUUGUGAGUCUAGAGAAAAUUUCAAUUAAACGGCAAUGUGAACACGACGCUUAUAAGAUUUUUGUUUCACAAAGCAAGCUACCUUUGUACCUUGAUGAGAAUCUAUGGCCACAGGGAAUUAUUUUUCGACGAUUUGUGCACUUUAAGCUUAAACCCAAAUUAAAAUCAAAUGAAACACCCAUCACACAGGUGGCGCUGAGAAACUUGCCAAUUGUUAAUGGAUAAAAACAUAACAUGUAAAUUUGUUUCAUUUAAUUGUAAGAAUGUAAAGCGUUCUGCACAAUGUAUUCGUGAGCUAUGUAAAUCCUCACAUUUAAUCGCUUUACAAGAAUGCUGGUUGCUCAAGGAGGAGCUUUGUUUCCUUGACACAAUAAGCGAGGACUUCAGCUCCACAGGAGUAUCUGCGAUAGACACGUCUACUGGUAUUCUACGUGGGAGACCAUACGGAGGCGUUGCGCUGUUGUGGAAGCGUAGUGUUUUUCAAAAUGUGUCCAUUAUUCAGUGUAAUAACCCGCGUAUUUGCGCUAUCAAAGUAGUGUUACAAGAGAAAUCGUUCGUAGUGAUGAGUGUAUAUAUGCCUACGGAUUCACUUGCAAACCUAAUGGAUUUUACGGACGUACUAAGUUCGGGUGCUGAUGGGGCUGCCCCGAUUUUGUAGCGCAUCAGGGAUGUUCGCGGAAGCACGGGUCGACUGUUUUUAUGCGACUGUACGCAAAAGAUGUGGAUCCCUGGUGAGCAGAGUGCGGGGCAGUACCAACAGCAUUCUAAAGAUGAUUGCGAGCAGGUUGGAUUGCAGAUAUGUGGGUCAUUGCUGCAGUAUUUCUAACGGAAUGGUGCAGCGGUGACACACAUCUGUAACUUAAUAAGUAAUAGGUUUAGGAUAAGUACUAACAUAGAAAAUAAGUUUGCUGUAUUACUAACAAUUAA